AUGCCUAAUAAUGUCCCUCCUUCUCGUUCUUCACGGUUCAUAGUACCUCCUAUGCCACCUCGUAUCCAUCGACGAUUACGUCUCGUCGCUCGUGAGGAUGGCCUUGUGAUCACUCCCUCCGAUCCCGAGUCACACGAUGGGGUUAUGAUACGAUGGGGUGUGGAAAGCAAGUUGCAACCGAUUGAAGAACACCUUGAUCAGGGUUUAGAGAUUGGGGGUAUAUUAGGCUUGGUCAGAUUAUGGGAUACUGCUUAUUUGCUCGUCUUCCUUCCUCCUACCAAACCACCCUCUCCACUUUUCAGCUCUCACUCCGACUCUGAAGAGACUAAAGACGCUUUAAGUGGAUCUCGCCAAGUGUACACUAUAGAAAACAUACAUCCUGUUCCUCUAUCUUAUGACCUAGCUUCGAAAGUCAUACAACGUCUUACCGAUUUUCAAACAAAGAAAAAGAAGAAAACACAAGGACUGAAUAUUCGAUGGAAAUUACCAACUAUCACUGGACCAGGUGCUGUACCUUCCGCCGACCCAUCAGAUCCGCCGGACGAAAGUGAGGACAACUCGGAAACUUCUGAUGAAGAGGACGAACCUCGAGCUUCUACGUCUGAAAACGAAGAGGAAAAAUUUGUUUCUGAUAUUCAAGGACAAUCAACGUUGGCAGACCCACCUAAACGACAUGAUCUCGAAACGAAGAUUAUCCGUCAAAUAUGUAGAGAAUUCUCUUCUGGUUCUUUCUUCUAUAGUUUUGAUCUUGACCUCACUCAUUCUUUACAACAUAAAAGAACUAUCCUGAUUACCCGAGCUAAUUCCUCCACGGCUUUGUCUCAACUUUUGCCGGAAGAUCACACGAAUAUCCUCAAAGAUCACUCUUCUACGACUUUCGAAGAUGUCGUCGAACCGGAUAUCAGAUUACCCCUUUGGAGAAGGGUCGACAGGAGGUUCUUUUGGAACGAACAUCUUCUGAAAGACUUUCUUGAUGCAGGUUUGAACUCUUUCAUAUUACCCGUCAUGCAGGGUUGGGUACAAAGUACUACUUUCAAUAUCCCAAUACCUCCCAAUCCUCGAAAUCCCGAAGCAUCCACAAUUGUACCGGUUGAUUUGACUGUCAUAUCGAGGAGGAGUAGAGAUCGGGCUGGAUUGAGAUAUCAACGUAGAGGGAUCGAUGAAGAAGGACAUGUAGCCAAUUUUGUCGAGACGGAAAUGAUGGUUCGUGCCAAGAUUGAAGGGAAAGUCUCAGUUUUCAGUUUCAUUCAGAUAAGAGGAUCGAUACCACUUAAAUGGUCACAAUCACCUUACUCGAUGAAACCUCCUCCAGUGUUGGAUCAACCGGUUGAGAAAUGUUACUCCGUCGCCAAUUCACAUUUCGAUGAUUUGACCAAACGAUAUGGUCCAAUUACCAUCGUAAAUCUUUCAGAACAAGUGGGAAAAGAAGCAGUGGUCACUAAUGGUUAUCGACAAUUGGUGAGAAGUUUGGAAAGGAUAGAUAUUAAGUAUGAAGAAUUCGAUUUUCAUGCGAAAUGUAAAGGUAUGAAAUGGGAGAAUAUAGCAGAGUUGGUGACCAAGUUGGAUCUCAGUGAUAUGGGAUAUUUGUGGACUUUGCAAGGGGAGGUGGUCAGACGUCAAGAUGGAGUGUUUAGGACAAACUGCAUUGACUGUUUGGACCGCACAAAUGUCGUCCAGUCCGCCAUCGCUCGACAAGUGUUGGGCACAAUGUUAAUUCAACUUGGAUUCAAAGCCGACUUGGACCCCGAGGUAGAAAACGUUUUCAAUGAUGUAUGGGCAAAUAACGGAGAUACUAUAAGUCUUUGCUAUGCUCAUACUUCCGCUCUCAAAGGUGAUUUUGUUCGGACAGGUAAAAGAGAUCUAACAGGGAUGUUGCAUGAUGGCGUCAGUUCCCUAAGUCGAAUGUUCUACGGAGCCAUAUCCGAUUUCUUCGCUCAAGCUGUCAUUUCUUUCUUCCUUGGACAUCGCAACCUUGGUAUAUUCAGCGAAUUUUUAGAGACUAUGCAAAGUACCGACGCAUCGAAUCUUGUUCAAUUGUCUCGUAUUCGGACUGCUGCUAUUGAGAUUGCUUCUGCUAGAGUUUUGUCCGAGGGGGAGAUACGACUGGCAGGAUGGACAUUGUUAUCCCCCGAAGAACGUAAUGUGAGAAUUGGGACUAAGCUUGAAGAGAAGAUCUUGAUUUUAACACGAAAAGCAGUCUAUGUGGUUGUAUUCAAUUUCGCUUUGGAGAAAGUAGUUCAGUUCACUCGUAUACCAUUAGGAUCCAUCACUUUGAUACAGCUUGAAGGUGCAUAUAUACUCUCUCCAUUGCAAGAAGCUUCUCGGGAUCCACUCGAGAAUUACGGUUUUGUGUUGAACUUUUCACCUUCCAACGAAGAUACUCGAUACAACACUUAUUCCAUUCGUAACAGACGUGGUCCAGGUCCAGAUUCAUCCCCUUCCACUCCGUUACUCGAGGACAAAUCAUUAGAUUCAAAUCAGUCAUUCGCAUUCAAAGUCCUCCCUAGGGAAUUUAUAGCCAAAGGCGCUUCUUCUGGACAAAUUGACGAAGAUGACAUAUCGAUAGAUAGUGGUGAUACGUGCAAAGCGGCUGCUGAACGUAUUGUAGAGAAAGUUAAAUUGCAAUGUGAACAAUUGGGUGGUGGAGGGAAAGGGUUUGUGAAAUAUGAAGAUAUUGUAAGUUUAGAAGAAGCUCAACGAUCUACUACUUUGUUGGAGAGGGUAGAUUAUGCUUUGAAAAGGUUUUUAUGGUUGUAG